CUCUGGCCACACUGCUGUAUUGUGAUCGCGAUCGAAAGACGUGAGAAAAUUCGUAUAAUUAAGUUUAGUGCGACAAAUAAAUUUAAUAAGCAACUUGAAACAAAGCCGAACUUUUAAGUUGAUAGUUUGUUGAGUUCUGAGUGCGUGAGAUAAGCGAAACGGAAACACGCCAUCGAAAAAACCGAGCCAGAAAAGUGAAUAAAGCGACUGAGUGAACGCACCAAAAUAUCGAAAUCACAAUAUUGAAUGCCAAAAAAACAAACAAAAGGUCGCGGGCAACAAAGAAAAGUCAGCGAACGUACGUGGAGUUUUAAUUAUUUGGUCUCCAGCUGUGACAGAUGAUGGCCUAAAAUGGCGGCUACACCACCAAUGCCGCCCGGAUCAAGCACCCACCAAUUGAAUGGCAAACCGAUCGGCAAGGGCAAUCCCCUAACCGAGGCGAUCAAUCAGCACUUUCUGCGAAAGAGCCAGAACCAGAAUCAGCAUCCGCAUCAGAAUCAGAACCAGAAUCCAAACCCAAACCAAAACCCGAACCCGAACACAAACAGUCCCGCCAGUCGCAGCGGGAGCAAUGAGCAGCUGGAGCUGCUGGAGCACCCAACGCAUCCACAGCAAGAAGCCACCAGUGGCAAGGCCAAGCCGAGUUGUCAUUGCACCAACAUUAGUAUUAUGCACCUCUUCCAUGAGAUGAAGCAGGAGUUCCCCACGAUACCCGAUGCCAUUGUGACGCAAUGCGUCAAUGAGAAUUGCCAUCAGCGCGACAACUGCAUCCAGAUGUUGAGGAAGGAGCUGGCCCUGCAUCCCAUCCCAGUGCAAAGCUAUCCGGCCAAGGUGUUGCAGCAGCAGCAGCAGCAACAGCAUCAACAACAACAGAACCACCGGCAGGCCAAGCCUCCCACGCCGCUGAAGCCGUCGCGAGUAGCACCACCGCAGCCGGAGUUGGGCCAGAGCAAUGGAGAGGCCACGCCGCCAAGUGUUGGCAAUGCCCAACCCAAUCCGCCGGCCAGGCCACGACCCACAACGUUAAACCUGCAGCGGCAGUUUAGCACCCAGCUGCAGCAGAAGAUUCAGCAGCGCCAGCAGCGGCAACAGCACGAUCACCAGCCGCCCCAGCUGACGCCCACGUCCUUGAGCAAACCGCUGCGCCGGGCACCGCCGCUCCCGCCGCCGACCAAGCCCAAGCCCGGCAGCUUCUCCAACGAUUCCUCCUGUCUCACCAGUCCCAUGAGCUCCAGCGAAUCGGAGCUUUCGCUCAACACGGUCCCCUUAUCGUCACCAGUGACAGCGCCAGCGCCAGCGUCAGCGGCAGCGUCAGCAGCAAGCGUCGCACCAGUCCAACAACAACCCUCGCCCGUGCGACAUCGCUCAGUCAUUACGCUUCAACCGGAGCCGCCGUACGCGCGCGACUUUCGCAGCAGUGACUUUCCGACGCCGACGCCGCCGCCGCCGCUGCUUCCCUCGCCCAGUUCGGCAGCGUCACCCGGGUCCGCUGGUGGCCGCAAGAGCUUCACAUCGCUCAACCUCACCUUGCGCCAGCCGACGGGAUCGGCGCAAUCGGCCAUCGACAUCACCGCUGGUCCGGCGCCCAGUGGUCAGGGCAGUGGUAUCACCUACUCCAGUGUUAGCUUCGACGCGCGCCGCGGAACACACAAGAACUUUCAGCUGACGGUGACGGACGAGGGCAGCGUCUUCAGUGCGGGCUGCAUCCGCCCGAGGAGGCCGUACACCGCCGCCGCCUGUGAGCCGGUGGCUAGUGUUCCGGCCAAUCAGUCUCAGCCUCCGGCGCCCGCUGCAGUGGUGGCCGAUGGCCUUGGUGACACCGAGAUGACGUCGGACGUGUUCCCGUAUCCCACGCAGGAGCAGAACCACAUUGUGGCCUCCAACUACAGCCACAACCAUGCAGCCAGCAACAACAACAACAACAACGGGAUCAGUAGCAGCGUGGACAGUAGUCCCACCAUGCCGCUCUACGAAGGAGUCCUGGAGGAUUGCGAUCGCGAGGCCCAUGCCGCCACCAUCGAGCGGCAGAAGCAUCGACGCGACAAGCUGGCCAAUGCGCUGAGGGACAACAAGAAGAAGCUGCUGGUCCUGGAGCAGGAGAUCAACAUCCUGACCGAACCGGUGCCGGUGGGCGAAUCUGAAAGACUGGAUAGAGAUAUCAUGCAACUGACUGAGGACUGUAAGCGGCUGCUUGACUGCAUAAAUGAGCCGCCGGCGAUGGACUCUGGUCCUGCGGCCAAUUCCGCCAUGCGCCAGCACCCCUCGUCGCCCAGCAAUGCGCCCCAGCAGCAACAGCAGCAGCCACAGCCACAGCCAUUCCCGCGCCAGCGCCAAAAUGUUCGCGCUCAGCCGCCGCCCAAUUCGUUGCGCCUGCACUCGGUGCCGGCGGCGCCUACCUCGCAGCCGUCCCUGGACUUCGGGCAGCACCACAGCAGUGCCCCGACCUCAGCCUGUCUGACGCCCCAGCUGCAGAGCCAGCAGCAGCAGCUGCAGCAGCAGUUUCAGCUGCAGCAGGAGCCGCCGCCCACGUACGCCCAGUACUAUCAGUUCCAGCAAUAUCUGCAGCAGCAGCGCCAGCAGAUCCAUCAGCAACAGCUGCAGCUGCAGCAGCAGUUGCAACAGCAGGCGCAACAGCAGGCGCAGCAGCAGUUGCAACAGCAGGCGCAACAGCAGUUGCCACAGCAGGAGGAGGAGUUCCUGUCCGAUUCCGAUGUGGACGAGGAGGAGGAGCCAAUGGACUCGUGGGCCUGCAACAUGUGUACAUUCCGCAACCAUCCGCAACUGAAUAUUUGCGAGGCCUGUGAGAACGUUAGGAUCCAGCCGGGUAUGAUACGCAUUGUUCCUACCGGUGGUGGGGCCGCUGCUGCUGCUGCUGCUGCUGCCACGCCCCCCGGCAGCAUUGAGCAGGCACAGCAGCCGCCCCAGCAACCGUACGCCCUGCAUACAUAACCCAAAAGCUGCUGCAAACGAUCCCAAAGUUCUCUUAACAUGCAUGAGCUCGCUUCCGACUGUUCCUGCAUGCUCGACUUUGACACUGUGAUAGCAUUUAAAUUAGUAGGCGGCAGGCGGCUUAUCCACUGCAUGGCUCAACCUGACAAAUGAAGACAUGUCCGAAACGAAAACGAAAUCGAAAUCGAAAUCGAGAGGACGGGAACGAAUUGCUUAAGCGCGACCUGUUUAAAUUAUUCUAUUUGAUUUGUGUAUGUACAUACAUAUAUGUAUAUUACUUGCAAUCGCCUCAGCCUCAGGCCGUUAACUUUACCAAUAACCCCUAACCGUUAAACUAUCUUUAAGUCAACGAAAAACAGAGUUUACUAUUUUUAGCCACCUUAAAAAUAAAUAAAGAACGUUAUUUAAAUAUUUA